AUGGCACGAAUUACCGAUUUAGCUCAUGUCGAUGAAGUAUCAGAUUUGAAUUCAGAAUUUGAUAACGCUGAACGUGAUGAAAAGAAACGAAAACGUGAAGAUCUGUCGGAAAAAACUACUUUUCAAACGACUACGGGUGGUGGUGGUGGUCUCGCUCGAAAGGAAGAUCGAGUUGCCAGUGCAAAUAAAGAAAGAUUUCGUUCACAAUUCAUGGCUAUGAAUGCUUACGAGCGUCACAAACGCUUAGUAAAUGAUUAUGUUCGUUAUUAUUCUCAAGGAAAAUCGUUUGAUGAACUAUUUAAACGAGACUCUUCAAAAGAUAAAAAUGAUUUGGAUAUAGUCCGAAGUGAACAUCGAUUCUUAUGGGAUGACGAUGAAGAUGCUCCUGAUGAAACAUGGGGCAAACGUUUGGCAAAGAAAUACUAUGACAAGCUGUUUAAAGAGUAUUGUAUAUGUGAUCUGAGCAAGUGGCAAGAGAAGAAAAUUGCUAUGCGAUGGCGAAUCGACAGCGAAGUUGUUAGUGGCAAAGGUCAAUUUAUCUGCAGUGAAAAACGUUGUGACGAAAAAGAGUAUUUACGCAGUUGGGAAGUUUUGUUUGGUUAUGUUGAACAUGGGAAGAAACGAGAUGCUCUCGUCAAAUUAAGAUUAUGCCCAUCAUGCACAAAGAAGCUUCAUUUUGGUCAUAAAGUAAAAGAAUUCGUACCGAAAGAGAAAGAAGCGGAUGAAAGUCAAGCGACAGAUGUUAGCGAAGAAGCAUCAUCAUCGUCUGUACAAAAGAAAAGUCGACUUGAUGACGAUGAUGACACAAUAACACUUCAAGAUGAUGGACAAAUAUGGUCAAAAUCGUUAGCAGAAACUCGUGAAGCAACAAGAGAGGACGAAUUCGACGAGUAUUUACAAACAUUAUUUUUCUAA